AUGACUGUAACCAACAGCAGCAAUGGGAACCCCUCCAUGACCAAAACCAGCCUCCAUAGGGCUGAAGAAGUCAACGAUCUUAUCGAUGCUGUUCGUGGUCUCAUCGUACCCUACAUUAAGGCAGCUGACGAUGCUGCGGCAGACCGCGCUACGGGAGACAUUACAGCCAGUUCAUCCGGCGUCAAGGACAAUGUUCUAGUCGACUUCCAAAAACCUGAGCAGCUCGCUCAGCGCCUCAAGUUCUCUCUGCCGAACAACGGACAAGGCAAGGAUGGUUUGUUGGACAUUAUUCAACAGGUCUUGAAGAACAGUGUCAAUACCUGGGACCAGGGGUUUCUUGAUAAGCUUUAUGCAAGCACCAAUGCGGUUGGUGUAGUAUCAGAUAUGGUCCUCUCUGUUCUCAACACCAAUCUGCAUGUUUUCCAAGUCUCACCUGCUCUUACAAUCAUCGAGAAGACAACAGCCAAGACACUGGCUCACCUCUUCGGCUUCACUGGAGCGCGAGCUGGUGGUGUUUCAUGCCAAGGUGGAAGCUCUUCCAAUCUGACUUCUCUCGUCGUUGCUCGCAACACUUUGUUCCCCGAGUGCAGAAAAGAGGGCAACGGUAAACAUGACUUUGUGAUUUUCACAAGUGCUCAUGGUCACUAUUCGGUCGAGAAGAGUGCCAUGAUCUGUGGUCUUGGUUCAAACAGUGUUUGGCCUGUUCCUGUGGAUGAGUUUGGAUGUAUGAAGUCCGAUGCCUUGAGGGAAUUGGUUGUCAAAGCCAAGUCCGAGGGCAAGACACCGUUUUAUGUGAACUCUACAGCAGGAACCACUGUCAUGGGUUCAUAUGAGCCUUUCGAGGAGAUUUCCAAGAUUUGCAAGGAAUUUGGUCUUUGGAUGCAUAUCGACGCCAGCUGGGGUGGCCCUGCUAUCUUCUCGUCAAAGCAGAAGCACAAGCUCAACGGAUCUCAUCUUGCCGACUCCUUGACGGUAAACCCCCACAAGAUGAUGAACGUCCCUGUCACCUGCUCGUUCCUCUUGGGUCCUGAUAUGAGCAUAUUCAACAAGGCCAACAGCACUGCUGCUGGCUACUUGUUCCACACCAACGACGGCGGUGACUUCUGGGACAUUGCAGACUUGACACUCCAGUGUGGUCGUCGUGGCGACAGUCUCAAGCUUGCAUUGGCCUGGAUCUACUACGGUGCUGCCGGUUUCGAGAAGCAAAUCGACCAUGCUUUCGAGCAGGCUGCCUAUCUAGCCAAUCUCGUCAAGCAAAGCGACAACUUUGUCCUGGUCUCGCAAGAUCCUCCCCCUUGCCUGCAAAUCUGCUUCUACCACGCCCCUGGAGGAAACUUGUCUGAUGACAAGGAGGAGAACACCCUCCGAACCAAGACAAUGGUUGAGAAGAUGAUUCUUCGAGGAUACAUGGUAGAUUAUGCCCCUGGACCCAAGGGCAGUUUCUUCCGCGUUGUGGUCAACUGCCAAACCUUGACAGGAACUGUUGAAGGUCUCGUUAAGGGUCUUGAGGAAAUCGGAUGCGAAUAG